AUGAAUAGACAGUGGACGUCUUUGCGUGCUUUGCUUAAUCUGGUUUGGUUGAGAAGUAAGGAACAUCGAUACGCCAACAACCCGACUUCUUCAUGCAACUUGUUCCCAGCCAACGAAGAGAAAAGAGGGCGCAGCGGAGUUAGUAAUGCGCAGAAGAAGCAGGGCAACCAGCCGAUCAGUCGUAUCUGCCAGCCGUCUAAACCUUACCUGCGAAGCAAGCAAGUCCUGCUUGAACAGUUCUAUCUUGGUAGUUCUCCGAUCUCUUGGAAAACUAGGAAACAACCAACAGUGUCAAGGUCUUCCGCCGAAGCUGAGUAUAGAUCUAUGGCGUUUGCUUUGUGCGAGCUUAAAUGGUUCAAGGAGUUACUUCUCUCGUUUGGUAUCAAACAUGACGAACCAAUGAAGUGA